AUGCGCCCGUUUGUGCGACCACAGCCAAAGCACGACACCGUGCUGCUCUCAAAGCAUGUCCUCCUUGCCUGGCUCCAGAGAGAUGCUCGUCACAUCGCCACAGCCCUGUCGCAGUCUUGGCCCGAUGCCAAGGAGAACGCGAGCGUGGCCCGUGCCCUGCUGCAGUUCGACUUGGAUGCUGAUGGCGUGCUCUCGGGCUUCGAGGUCUCGCGGGCUGCUCAGCAAGCAGGCGUGGCUGGCGAGGAUAUCCCGAGGCUGCUUCAACACCUCGGCAUCGGCAUCCGAGUCGAUGCUUUGGCGGACCUCCUCCUGGGACACGCUGCCACCGCUGCGCCACCGGCUCCAGCCUUGGCGCCUCGCCUACCACCACCCAAGCCCACUCCAUUCCAGACUUCAUUGACUUCAUGGCCAGGCAGAUUCCUGCAGGUGUUGGAAGAUGCGAAGAAAGCACAAGCGGAUCAGAAAGCGCAACUCCUUCAAUUCCUGCAUCAUCAAAGUUGUCUGGGAGUCAACCGUGAGCAAAAUGAGACGGAUGCUGUCGCUUGCUGCUUGUCCUUGGCUGCACGGGACCUCUAUGGCAUCACAGACAACUUUGGUUCAACAGCGUUGGUACUCGCUUGCAGAUAUGGGAUGGAGCAACUAUCGCAGGUUAUUCUGACCACCGGAGCUUUGUCUGAGGACCUCGCUUUCAUGAAUCUACACAUGUUGCACGCCUCGAGCUCGUGUCUGGAAGCCUGA